AUGGCGGGCCCGAAUAUUGUGCGAGGCCGGAACGAUACACAGUUGGCCCAGAGUGUGGUCGGUGCGGACUUUCGAGACCUCAAGUACGAGGCCAGUGUGUCAUCCGCGAACAACAGCCACAAUCCUGAUGCGAUCAGUCUCGAAGGCCCACAGAAACAGCCCUUUCGGAGACCGUCCGAGGAGGUCACCCAAGGCGCACAACUGGGAAUUCGAAAGGCCGAAGCAGCGGCACUCGCCUGGAGUAAGAAUACUGCUUAUUUGACCUACGCUCUAGUCUGGCUCGGCUUCUUCAUGCUAGCCCUACAGUCCGCAGUCAGUACGAACGUUAUCCACAACGCAUUCGCCCACUUCGAAGAAGCGCCCGCCGUGAGUACAUCCAGCAUUGUGGCCAGCGUGGUCAGUGGGGUAGUUCGGCUGCCUGCUGCAAAGCUCCUGAAUAUCUGGGGGCGCCCGGAAGGCCUGUCGCUGUUCCUCGCCGUUUACCUCCUGGGGUUAAUCAUCCUAGCCGCUUGCAACAACCCCAGCUCCUUCGCCGUCGGCUAUGUGUUGUACUGGGUUGGAUACGACGCCAUUUUCUUGAUCCUCGAUGUUUUCAUGGCAGACACGUCCGGGCUACGCAAUCGAGCCUUUGCAUUUGGAUUUGCCAGUACGCCUUUUAUCUGCACGGCCUUUACAGGGCCGCUCGCAGCCCAGUCCUUUGUGAAUCACUCCACGUGGCGCUGGGCUUAUGGGUGCUUUGCCAUCGCGCAGGUGUUUGUUUUUCUCCCCUUGAUUGCCGUGUUCAAGUUCUACCAGCUCAAAGCCGAGAAGAUGUUCAUUUUUGUGCGAGAGCCCAGCGGUCGCACAUGGAAACAGUCCAUCAUCUUCUGGCUGAAUGAAUUUGAUCUGGUCGGCACCCUCCUCCUUACCGCUGCCUUCCUGUUGGUCCUCCUUCCCUUCAGCUUGCAAUCCUACGGCCGAGCCGAGUACAACAGUCCAACGUUCAUCGUCAUGCUCGUGGUCGGCGUCCUCCUGUUCUUCGUGUUUGGCGCCUGGGAACGAUAUGGCACCGCAACGCCUUUCAUCCAGUACGAAAUGUUCAAGGACCGCAGCGUCCUCGGAGCCUGCAUCGUGGCAGCCAGCCUAUUCUUCAGCUACUAUGCAUGGGAGCUCUACUUCUACAACUUCUGCAUGGUAGUCUACGGGCUCAGCGUGAGCAUGACAGGAUAUGUCGGGCAGAUAUACAACGUCGGGUCAUGUUUCUGGUCGGCAGUGUUCGGGGUGGUGGUAUACGUCACGAAGCAGUUCAAAUACAGCUGCCUGUGCUUCGGGCUGCCGCUCAUCAUGCUGGGCGCCGGCCUGAUGAUCCAUUUCCGGUCCGCAGGCGGAAACAUCGGAUAUAUUGUGAUGUGUCAGAUCUUCAUCGCGUUCGGUGGCGGAACACUAGUCAUCGGCCAAGACAUGGCUGUCAUGGCAGCCUCCGACCGCGAAGGCGUCCCAAUGAUGCUGUCGAUGAUCGGCCUGUUCUCCAGCCUGGGCGGUGCGAUCGGCAACGCGGCCUCGGCGGCCAUCUUCUCCAAUACCUUUCCCUCUGCCCUCCGGGACGCUCUCCCGGCCGAGAGCAAGUCCCAGUACAUGGAUAUUUAUCUCGGGGGGUACCUCAAACAGCUCGAGUACCCUGUUGGAUCUGAGAUCCGCGACGCCGUCAAUCAGGCCUACGGCGCGUACAUGAAGUAUGGGUGUAUCGCCGCCGUGGCGGUCAUGGCCGUCGGGCUUCCGGCCAUCGCCAUGUGGAGGAACUACAGGGUUGACAAGAAGCAGAACAAGGGUGCCAUGAUGUGA